AUGAGCCCAUCUCCGCCAGACUCCCCAGGCCCAGGCAGCCGCAGUAGAGACCGAUCCUCUACAUCCCAUCCGGAAAGAAAAGUGCAUAAGCCAAGGCGUGCAUCCAGCGUCUCCAGCUUACGUGCCGCGAGUACCACGCUCGGUUAUCCCCAUCACAACCCGCGGGCCCCUCCACAGCCCCUUGGGGGAAGCGGCGGCUCGGUUACCUUGCAGCCGGGAGAUGCCGUGAGUCAGGGACGGUGGGUAGUGGAUCUCCACCGCGACGAACUGAUUCGCGAGGUUGUGGGUGCGGAAAGACAGUCAACACGCUGGUUCAAGAGUCUCCUUGGAAUCACGGAGCCAGCUCCUAAGAAGAGGAUAUUUCGCGUCAGCUUUGCGGAACUGCAGAGAAUGAAGCUGCGGAAGCUGCAAGUAAAGUUGGUAAACCACGCGGUCGACAUGUUCGCAAAGAACGAGGAAUCUAAGGGAUGGGAAGAAGAUUUGGCGCAAUACACUCAAGCAAUGAGGGACUACGACUACAUGCUUGAAGUUACCAAGCUACCUAAUGAUUACUUUUACGCCACUGGAGAGCGCGCCGUCGACCGAUAUGUUAUCAGACGACUUGUAGGCGACCUCAGCCUGGAUGGAACCUUGACAUGCGACCCGGUUGAGCUCUGGGGAGAUGAUAAGUCGCCCAUCGGCGGAACUCGCUACCUGAACGCCAGGAAGACACGCAUGAAAGCAUUUUGGGAACGCAUGUGCGUUGCUACCAUUGGGGGCGUCCUCUUGCUAGGGCCUAUGUGGCUGAUGAUGCUGCAUGACGAUCUCUAUACGAGGCUUAUCACUACUACUGCUUGUGUGGCUUUCCUUGGGAUGUUCAACUCUUUGUGGCUGGAAAAGUCAGAUCAGGUGUUGCAGAUCACGGCAGCGUAUGCUGCUGUGCUGGUGGUUUUUGUUGGGCUAACAAACUCAGGCUCAUGA